AUGUCCUCUUGCAUUGCAGGAAGCAAACCUUUGUCUGGUUUACUUGAUCAACAGCCACCUCAACAUCUAAGUGAUUCAAACACUCUCCUCACCUCUGAACAAGAGAUUAAAGAUGCAUUUCUCCAGUACACAGCAACAAAGUUUUGCUAUAGGACUGCCCCUGCAAAGCAUUUAAAAGUCCAGAAGCUAACUCCUCUCAACACAUACAGAUAUCGGUUAGAGACUUUCACUGAAAGUAGAGACACACACUUGGCUAGUGAAUGCUAUUAUGGUGGAUUUGUGGACUCAGCUGAAGUUGCACCUCCGCCCACCCCCUGGGAAAUCCCCGUGGAUCCACCUCCCUUGUUUACAGACUGUGAAAUGCAUAUCCCAGUGCCCCACUCAUAUUCCCUGGGGAAUUGUCGAAACUGCAAUGGCCGUG